AUAAUGAGGCAGACCUCACAUAUGGGUGGGGAGCUCAAAACCAAGAUGUGUGGUCUUACAGCCUCCUUUUUUAGCUUCCAUGCAAGCCAAUCUAUGGUGGCCAUUAAGGGAAACUGUGACUUGGCUGAGGCACUUAAGGAAGGGUCAUCCUUUGUUUUUAAGGAUUGGGAGAACAAAUCUGGCAUAUACAAAUCUGAUUUAAUUCAGUCAGGGAUAAAUGAUAUGUGGUUUACGAACUGCAUCAGUGAAGGUAUAAUCUACACUAAAUACUUUGACCCUUUGCCAGUAAAAAUAUUGGCACUUGUACUUACAGUGGUUAGU